AUGUACCGUACUGUCUUCAACAUUGUUAGACUUCUACUUUAUGUAAUAUCUGUGAGCGGCCUUAAUCAAUCGAGGAAGCUUACCGACUUGAGCAUAGGUAUCAUCCGCUCUGCUUCGGAAAGCGAAUGUCAUCUUUUCGUUGAAAAACGCGAUGAGGUGUCUGUUACCUUCUCCGGUAGGCUAUUAAAGGACAACAGGACUUUCGCUUCGAAUGUUGGAGAACCUCCAUUCUCUUUUAAAGUUGGAACUGACGCGAUUAUUCCAGGCUGGAACAAGGGCAUACUAGGAAUGUGCCUACAGGAAAAACGUCGGAUUUUUGUCCCCAGUUCGAUGGGCUAUGGUGCUGGUGGAAGGCCCCCAGAUGUCCCAGAAAACGCCGAUCUGGUCUUUGACAUUGAACUCUCACAUAUUAUCAAGUCAGUAAAUGAUGAAUUCUAA